AGAACAUGGUUAAGAGAGAAGUGGGAGGUGAUCAAACGAGACAGAUGUCCGCAACAUUGUUCUGGGAAUAGGAUGAAAAACAAGAGAGUGAACUAAAUGUUCCCCGAGAGAGAGCAGCAAAGUCAAAUGAGUUUUCCAAGAUAAGGCAGAUUGAUCUGUCUCUGGGUGGGAGCAGAAGGGCAGGGCCAGAGGUGAAAGACUGGCAGAGAUUUAUUCUGUAAUGAUUAAUGCAAGGAGGGGACGCUGCCUUCCAAUUACAUGCCAUUCUGAAAGUGGCUCCAAGAUAAAAUGAAGACAAAGAAAGCAAAUGCAGGAGGCGCAGCCCGAUCGGGAAAGUCGGCUGCUGUGGCUUCUGCCGAGAUGAACGCGGGACUCCAGGUUCCUCUGCCGGUGCUGGCGGGGCUGUUGCUCUCCCUGUGCGCUGGGCCCUGGGCCGAGGGCGGGAAGGUGCUGGUGUUCCCCGCGGAGGGCAGCCACUGGCUCAGCAUGAAGAAGGCCGUGCAGGCGCUCCAGGCCAGAGGCCACCAAAUCGUGGUCCUUUCGCCAGAGGUGAAUGUACAUAUCAAGGGAGAGGACUUUUUCACCCUGAAGACCUUUGCUGUCCCAUACACCCAGGAUGAAUUUGAUCACCUCUUGUUAAGCCAGAGUCAAAUGAUUUUUGAAAGACAACAUUUUCUGAAGACAUUUUGGAAAUCUAUGUCAAUGAUGAAAACUUUUAGUGCGCUCCUUUACAAGUCUUGUAAGGAUCUGCUGUAUAACAAGGACUUGAUCAGGCACCUGAAUGACACUUCCUUUGAUGUGGUUUUAACCGAUCCUGUGUUCCCAUGCGGGGCAUUGCUGGCUGAGUACCUAUCGAUUCCUGCUGUGUAUUUUUUGCGCAUCAUUCCAUGUGAAUUAGAUGUUGAGGGCACACAGUGCCCAAACCCUUACUCAUAUGUUCCUAGGUUUUUAACACAAAAUUCAGACCACAUGACAUUCCUGCAAAGGGUAAAGAACAUGCUCUACCCUCUGGCCCUGAUACACAUUUGCCAAUUUACUUAUGGUUCUUAUUCAAGCCUUGCUUCUGAAAUUCUUCAAAGAGAGGUGUCGCUGGUGGAUGUUCUCGGCUCUGCAUUGGUGUGGCUGUUCAGAGCCGACUUCGUGUUCGACUACCCCAGGCCAAUCAUGCCAAACAUGGCCUUUAUUGGGGGAAUAAACUGUGCCAACAGGAAGCCUUUAUCUCAGGUCUGUAUCAGUUCCAAUCAGUGUUCCAGGGGGGCACAUUUUCUUUAAACCUUACUUCCAAGUGCAUACUUAUCUGCCAAUCUUUGUACAGAUUUCUACUUUUUAUUAUCCUUCUAACAGUCUUUGAUAAGUUGUUAAAGGGCCUCCAGUGGUG